AAAUGGUUCUAGAGUAUCUGGCAACUAGCUCCCCGCGUCCGAACCGCAUGGCAGUAUUGUUGUUGUUGUAGUUAUUGUUGUAGUCAGCUGAUCGCCACCACGUCGUCUGCAUGUCGGUCCCACGAAGAGUUGUCAAGCUAGUUAGAUAAAACAAAAAUGAGGCUUCAACAGUAGGCUAAGAUUGACAACCAUUAUAGUGACUGACCGUGGACCUAUUACCAUUUCCCACCAAAGGCUCCAGCUGACGGCCAAAGGACCACCAGGCAAUAGAUACCAGCAGAAAAAGUACUCAGUUCAGUGCAUCAUGGAUAAUCCUGUAUUGUUCAAGGGCAAGAAAGACAGAUUUUCUGGGAUAACUGUCUUAUCUGAAGAUGAACCAACAACAGCACAAGAGUUUGAAGUAGUUUUACAAGCAUCUUUAAGCCACUGGGCAAAGGAGAAGAUCAGAGGUGUGUGGUUUAGAGUUCAUCUUCAGAAUGCUGAAUGGGUUCCAAUACUUGCAAAGCAUGGUUUUACAUAUCAUCAUGCUCAGCCACAAUUUGUCAUGAUGGUGAAGUGGUUGGCUGUCAAUGAACCAAAUAACAUACCCAGAUAUGCACAUAAUGUAAUUGGAGUUGGUGCAUUCGUUGUAAAUGAUGAGGAUGAACUGCUCGUUGUGCGGGAAAGAUUUCAUACAAGGCCACACUGGAAGCUACCAGGUGGAUAUGUUGAACCAGGUGAGGACCUAAGCACAGCUGCCAUAAGGGAAGUUAAAGAAGAGACUGGAAUAGAAGCUGACUUCAUGUCUUUGGUGUCCUUCCGCCAUGUGCACGGCGCCAACUUCAACUGUUCAGAUAUCUACUUCAUUGUCCAUAUGCGUCCAAAGAGUAAAAAUAUUACAAUGUGCGAGAGAGAAUUGGCAGCAUGUGAAUGGAUGAAGCUGGAGGAAUAUAUCAACCAUCCAUAUGUCCACGAAACAAAUAGGUUCUUUGCGGAGCGUUUCCUGAAUGCCGCAAGAAUGGAAUUCAGAUUGAGGCCAGCAACAUUUUCAGUGGAGCUUUUAAGAGGAACCAGGUUAUUUAUAGUAUCAGUUUCCCAAAUGCUCAGACAUCAGAUGGAAAGAAUGACCAGGAAAACACAAUCAAUUCAGAUGUAGUCAAUGGUGGUCCAAAAAUAUAAUUUGUAAGAAAUUUCAGUAUGAUUUUUAUCUAAGUAUAUGAAAUGUUAUAUUUGAGUUAUUAUAUCUGUUCAGUUCUUAUUUUAUUUAUGUUUUUAUUAUAUUUACUCUUUCUCUAUAUCUUUCCAAAUCCACAAGAUCUUCAGUAUUAUAUGUUGAUAUUUAUAAAGUCAUUUUUAAAUUUGAAAAUAUGAGUGCAUAGGACAUUAUGUACUUUUGUAGUGAAAGUUGAUUUGCUUUAAUAUUCCCUCAUUAUCCUUACACUUGUUUUAAUCAGUUUUUAUUUAUUUUUUAUUUAGACUAUGCCUCAUCAUAGGUAAUGAACUGUCAAUGCAUAGUAUUAGUGAUCGGUGCUUAUUUCCUUCUGCAAUUAGACAUUGCACAGGUUGUAUAUACAGUAUUUUUUAUGUGAAAAAUAGAUUGCAUGUUUUAUUUAGUUACUGAGAAAUGACAAUGGUAUGCUGUACAGAGUGAUGGAUGGUAUAAGAUUGUUAAUAAGUGAACUGACAAUAAUAUCUCUGAGAUGCAUGUAUUACAAAAUAAUUUCUUGUUACACACAUAUAGGUGACACACAUACAAACAUACAUAUAAAGUUUUUAUGUUGUUGUUGUUUUUUUUUUGUGUGUGUGUGAGAGACAGACAGACACAGACAGACAGACAGACAGACAGACAGACA